UGGGAGGCCUAUCCUUCGCAAUUCUACUCCAUCGGUGUCCGUCCAUUGGCGCCAUUCUCUAUCACGGGAAGGAAGAGCACUGACUCGCGAGCAAUCACGCAGUGUGCAGAACCAACUUACCAACCAACGAUGCUCCUCACUGCACCCGGUCACAAGCCCACCUUUCUCUUCUCCAGAGGCUCUGCUUCGAAUUCAGUGACCCGAACUCGGCCUUGUCGGCUCUGCAAAGCGACUCUUAUCACCAACUCUGAAUCGUUCGAGGUUGGGAGGCUUGUUGGUAGCUAUGGGUUCAUGAACAUCACCAGCUAUUCAGGGUUCCAAUCGGGGACUGAUAUUGAUUAUUCAUCUGGAGAUUUGGGGCGACUGAGAGUUCAAGAUGUGGGAGAAGGCAGUGUAAAGAUCAGGCUUUACGAAGGGAGAGUCUCUCAGGGUCCACUUAGAGGGACUUCGAUUCUUUUUAAGAUGCCCAUAAUGUCAUCUUUGAUUACUUCCCAACAAGUUUGUAAAAAAGCCAUAGAGAAGCCAGCCAGACCUGGAGCCUUGUCACCCGCUAUACUUCUUGCUGCCUUCCGGAUCUCCACCUCUUCGAAGGGUCGCUCAAGCCGUGCUACUUCGUGCAACUCGAGUGCAUCAAAGGUUUAUCCUGGAAAACGAGCUAGUGGUUUGGAAGCUGAUAUGAUGGCUGCAAACGAGUUGAAUGCUCAUUCUUUCCUUCAAAGCAGUUCAGAAGGUAUCUGUCAGAAUCUCCUGAUCCUUGUAGGUGGUUUUGAAACAAAAACUGGGGAGCAGUGGCUUGCUUUCCGGAAUGAUGGGAAAUAUAGUGCCGCAGACUAUGCUAAAGUUUCAAGUGAAAAAGUAUCAAAAAACCGUGCACUUGGAGAACAGAUUUCUUGGAACCAAUUUGAACAAGAACAGAAAAUCAAACGCAGAGCAUAUUUUGUCAUUAAGUUGCUUCAGGGUGCCUUGAGAGGUCUAGCUUUCAUGCAUGACCAUGAUAGAUUACACCAGAGUCUUGGGCCAUCUUCUAUUCUUCUUAAUACUAUUAUAGAACGAGAUGCUGCUUACUUAGUCCCACGAAUUCGAGAUCUAGCCUUCUCUGUUGACAUUAGCUAUCCAUAUCUAGAAGAGAGCCCUGGAACACUCUCGGAGGGACUUUGGAGACGAGCAUCUGCAGCUGGUGCGUUCACACUAAUGGAGAAAAGAGCUUUUGGAAUAGCAGAUGAUAUAUAUGAAGCAGGUCUUCUUUUUGCAUACUUGGCUUUUAUUCCAUUUUGUGAAGCGGGCAUAAUGGAUAGCAUUUCCUUGCAAAGGCUGCUGGAGAGCACUUUUCAGCUUGAUCUUCAAGCCACAAGAGAGUAUUGUUUGGCAGAUGACCGAUUACUAGAUGCUGUCAAAUUCCUGGAUCUUGGUGAUGGUGCUGGUUGGGAGUUGCUCCAGGCAAUGCUGAAUCCCGACUUCCGAAAACGGCCUAUCGCAGAGGCUAUACUCAAUCAUCGGUUCAUCACUGGUGCGGUUCUUUGAGUUCUUGAUACUAAGCAUAUGGCGUCUCACCUGAACUCGGAAAAUAGCUGCGACAAACUGUCAAAGGGACAAUUGGAAUAAGAAAGUAUGUGGAGAAGUUGCUAAAAACAUAUGGCAGUAAAUUUUGAGAUUUUAAGACGCAGGAGUUUGCUACAUUAAAAAUUUAAACUUCACUAUGCUAUGCUAUACAUUUAACAAUUAUACAAGAAUUGAGCAUCUCCUUUGUCUGAACAUCAAAUUCUGCUAUUUGUUCAUUCAUCAUCUUUAUGAUACUAAUGAUGUUGUCUCGAUUGUCUAAAUAGAUUCACCACGUUGGGUCA